GUGCCGCGCCCGGAGCCGAGAGCUGCGCCCCGCGCUCCGCGCCUUUGUCCGCCCGCCGCUCGCCGCCCGCCGCCCAUGGAGCGCGCCGCCCCGUCGCGCCGGGUCCCGCUGCCGCUGCUGCUGCUCGGCGGCCUCUCGCUGCUGGCGGCCCAAGGCGCAGACGUCCCCAUGGAGGCUUGCUGUGCAGACGGACAUCGAAUGGCCACUCAGCACAGGGACUGCUCACUGCCAUACGCCUCGGAAUCCAAGGAAUGCAGGAUGGUCCAGGAGCAGUGCUGCCACAGCCAGCUAGAGGAGCUGCACUGUGCCACGGGCAUCAACCUGGCCAACGAGCAGGACAGCUGCGCCGUGCCGCGUGGUGACAACGCCAGCCUCGAGGCCAUGUUCGUGAAGAGGUGUUGCCAUUGCUGCCUGCUGGGAAGGGCGGCCCAGGCCCAGGGCCAGAGCUGCGAGUACAGCCUCAUGGUCGGCUACCAGUGUGGGCUGGUCUUCCGGGCAUGCUGCGUCAAGGGCCAGGAGACAGCAGACUUUGCCCCGGGGGACGUUGGGGACCUUCAAGAAGCAGCUAAGGUCUCUGAGAUCGAGGAGGGACAAGAGGACCCCUACCUGAAUGACCGUUGCCGAGGCGGCGGGCCCUGCAAACAGCAGUGCCGAGACACGGGGGAGGAGGUCGUCUGCUCCUGCUUUGUGGGCUACCAGCUGCUCCCCGACGGCGUCUCCUGUGAAGAUAUCAAUGAAUGUAUCAUGGGCGGCCAAAACUGCCGGCUUGGAGAAUCCUGCAUCAAUACAGUGGGCUCUUUCCGCUGCCAGCGUGACAGCAGCUGUGGGACUGGCUAUGAGCUCACAGAGGACAAUGAUUGCAAAGAUAUUGACGAGUGUGAGAGUGGUAUUCAUAACUGCCUCCCCGAUUUUAUCUGUCAGAAUACUCUGGGAUCCUUCCGCUGCAGACCCAAGCUACAGUGCAAGAGCGGCUUUAUACAAGAUGCUCUAGGCAACUGUAUUGAUAUCAAUGAGUGUUUGAGUAUCAGUGCCCCAUGCCCUGUCGGGCAGACAUGCAUCAACACGGAGGGCUCCUACACAUGCCAGAAGAACGUGCCCAACUGUGGCCGUGGCUACCAUCUCAAUGAGGAGGGGACCCGCUGUGUUGAUGUGGAUGAGUGCUCGCCUCCCUCUGAGCCCUGUGGGCCGGGGCAUCUCUGUGUGAACUCCCCUGGAAGUUUCCGCUGCGAGUGCAAGGCUGGCUACUACUUCGACGGCAUCAGCAGAACGUGUGUGGACAUUAACGAGUGCCGGCGCUACCCCGGGCGCCUGUGUGGCCACAAGUGCGAGAACACGCCUGGCUCCUACUACUGCAGCUGCACCAUGGGCUUCCGGCUCUCCUCUGAUGGCCGGUCCUGUGAAGACGUGAAUGAGUGUAGCAGCAACCCCUGCAGCCAGGAGUGUGCCAACGUCUACGGUUCCUACCAGUGUUACUGCCGGCGAGGCUACCAGCUCAGUGACGUGGACGGGGUCACCUGCGAAGACAUCGACGAGUGCGCCCUGCCCACCGGGGGCCACAUCUGCUCCUACCGCUGCCUCAACACCCCUGGAAGCUUCCAGUGCAGUUGCCCCUCGACCGGAUACAGACUGGCUCCCAACGGCCGCAACUGCCAAGACAUUGAUGAGUGUGUGACCGGCAUCCACAACUGCUCCAUCAACGAGACCUGCUUCAACAUCCAGGGCGGCUUCCGCUGCCUGGCCUUCGAGUGUCCCGAGAACUACCGCCGCUCCGCAGACACGCUCCGCCAAGAGAAGACAGACACCGUCCGCUGCAUCAAGUCCUGCCGCCCCAAUGACGUCACCUGCGUGCUGGACCCAGUGCACACCAUCUCCCACACGGUCGUGUCGCUGCCCACCUUCCGCGAGUUCACCCGCCCCGAAGAGAUCAUCUUCCUCCGGGCCAUCACGCCCGCGUAUCCUGCCAACCACGCUGACAUCAUCUUCGACAUAACAGACGGGAACCUCCGCGACUCCUUCGAUAUCAUCAAGCGCUACAUGGACGGCAUGACCGUGGGUGUCGUGCGCCAGGUGCGGCCCGUUGUGGGCCCAUUUCACGCUGUCCUGAAGCUAGAGAUGAACUACGUGGUUGGGGGCGUGGUGUCCCACCGAAAUGUCGUCAACGUCCAUAUCUUCGUCUCUGAGUACUGGUUCUGAGGGCCGGCUCACAGCGCAGCCAAGCCUGUGCCUCCAGGCCAAGUCAUUGCUGACGAUGACAACGCCCUGUCCCUGUUUGUACCACCCAGACAUAUCUUGAUUUUAUGUAUUUGUUUGUAGUGUUAGGCCGACAUGUAUUAAGCUGGGCCAGAUGAAUAAGUCCAUCCGUUGUAUUUUGGUGUUUAAAUAAUGAGUCCAAUUACCUAA